GAUCUGUGCCGCUUCUCCCUUAAGAUUUUAAGUAUUUUCGGGAUUUGGAUGUUCAUCAGUUCAACCGUGUGUCGCCUUGCGUAGUGUUCGUGGCUUCAGGAAGUCAUUUCGUGUUGAAGUGUAUUAAGUAUCUCUACAGGGAUGCCCUUCCAGCGGUUCGUGGAGGUUGGCCGUGUGGCCUACGUGGCCUCCGGUCCACUCAAGGGGAAGCUUGUGGCCAUCGUCGACGUUAUCGACCAGACCAGAGUACUGAUCGACGGCCCCGAGACCGGCGUUCCUCGGCAACAGAUCAGGAUCAAUGAGAUCCAUCUCACCAAGUUCAAAGUUACUUUCCCCCACUCUGCCAGAACCAAGGUUGUGCGCAAAGCCUGGAUUGAUGGUGAGGUACAGAAGAAGUGGGAGGAGAGCAAGUGGUGCAAGCGUGCUGAGAACUCUGCCAAGAGGAGGGAAAUGAACGACUACGAUCGUUUCAAGUUGAGGGGGGCACGCCGACACAGGAAUUACCUUCGCACUACCGUCUAUCGCCGUGUCAUUAACAAGAACAUCAAGAGUGGAUGCUUCAGAAAGGUGCCCAUGAAGAAUUCUCCGCGGUUUGUGAAGAUCCGUAAAUUCCCUGUCAAGAAAUAAACUGAAGCAUUAAACUAAACUUUGUGCAUUUGUUUUC